UCUGCUUGUUCACAGGAAGUGAAUGUUGAAUUUGAAGCACAUUCAAUUUCAGAUAAUGAUUAUGAUGGGAUAAAGAAAUUACUGCAACAGCUGUUUCUAAAAGCUCCAAUUAAUAUCGCUGAGUUAACUGACAUAUUAAUACAACAGAAUCACAUUGGGAGUGUUAUCAAGCAAGCAGAAGUUCAAGAAGAAAGUGGUGAGGAUGAAGAUGAGGAUGAAGUCUUUGGCUUCAUAAGCCUCUUAAACUUAACUGAAAGGAAGGGUACUGAGUGUGCUGAACAAAUAAAAGAACUGAUUCUAAGCCUGUGUGAGAAGAACUGUGAACAGAGUAUGGUUGAACAGCUGGAUAAACUCCUAAAUGACACCACCAAGCCUGUGGGCUUCCUACUAAAUGAAAGAUUCAUCAAUGUGCCACCACAGAUUGCUCUGCCCAUGCACCAGCAACUUCAGAAAGAAUUGGCUGAAACUCAAAGAACAAACAAGCCAUGUGGAAAGUGCUACUACUACCUUCUCAUCAGCAAGACCUUUACAGAAACAGCAAAACGCAGCUCUAAAAGAAGAGGAGAGGGCACACAGCAGAGAGAGGAAUUAAUGUUUGCAAAUGCAGAGGAAGAAUUCUUUUAUGAGAAAGCCCUUCUGACGUUCAGCUAUUCUGUGCAAGAGGAGAGUGACUCGUGUUUGGGAGGCAGAUGGUCCUUUGAUGAUGUACCAAUGAAACCUCUGAGAACUGUUAUGUUGAUUCCAUCUGAUAGGAUGAAUGCAAUCAUGGAUAAACUCAAAGAGUAUCUGUCAAUCUAGAUAGGUUUCCUUGGAUAAUGUUUUAUAAAGCAACUGUGGAAAAAUGACAUGCCUUUUGAAUAGCUUCUCAAAAGUUUGUAUACUGGUGAAAUGUGUAGGUUGUACAACUAAUAAUGUGAGUCACACUGUUACUUUAAAAUACUAUAGCCUAGUAGUCUUUGGAGUCACCAUUAAGCAUACAAUUAAAAAAGCCCUACAUCUCUAAGAUUUCUAAAGAAGUUAAUUUUUCUUUUCUCUCCUGUUAAAUAUCUUAUAUUUCAAGUUGAAAAAAACAUUAAUUAAUGGAAUAAUUUUGGGACCUAUUACACAUACUUGUUUUGUUUGAUUGAAAGUAGUUGGACAUAAAAGGCAUUGAAUAAUUCAUUUUUGUUAAGCAGGAGUUUGGGGAUAUUCUUCAUAUUCUUUCUUAAUGUUUUAUUUAGCGUCUUUUUCAUUGUUGAAACGGGUGAAAAAUGAUUACUUCCUGCAGAAUCUCCUUGCUUUUUCUAGGAGGCAGAUUGCUAAAAUAUUAGUGAGAUGCCAGUUCCACAAAUCUGGUGAGAAACAGAAUAAAACAUAUUUUUGAAAGAUGAAA